CAGCGCAUGUUGGGGCCGCCGUGCCACCGGACACAUUUAGGACCAUGACCUUGCAAGGCAAAGUCGUGCGGGAGACGGACGGAGGAGAGGAAGUGGACAAGGGAACUCUUCCAGCGACAGAGUCCAAACGAAGCGCUCCGUCAUUCGGGGGAGUGCGGCAGGAGGGAGACUCUGCGGUCCGGCUCCAGGAGGCUCCGGACGGGGUGACCUUCCCGGUGAAGCCCCCGUACUCUUACAUCGCUCUCAUCACCAUGGCAAUCCUUCAGAGCCCGAGGAAGAGACUCACCCUCAGCGAGAUAUGCGAUUUCAUCAGCGAGCGCUUCGCCUAUUAUCGGGAGAAGUUCCCCGCGUGGCAGAACUCCAUCCGGCACAACUUAUCCCUGAACGACUGCUUCGUCAAAACGCCCCGGGAGCCCGGGAACCCCGGGAAGGGGAAUUACUGGACCCUGGAUCCCAUGUCGGCAGGCAUGUUCGAAAACGGGAGUUUUCUCCGUCGGCGGAAACGCUUCAAGAGACAGCACCUGUUUUGGGGCGCGCGCAAGGAGCUCAGGGCGAAGGAGCGCGGCGCGCUGCCGGCGUUUCCUCUCCUCGGAGCGCACAGGGUGAGCUACUUUCCCCCCCACGGCCACGGCUUCUUCCACGAUCUGGGAUUAAGGGCUAGAUUCAGCCCACAGACUGGUCCCGUACCAGCACUCUCCUCGCUCCUCUCCAAGAGCUUCCCCUCGUGUCUGCGCCUGGAGCCCUGCGGCCCGGGACGCUACGCCGCUGUCCCGAGUCCGUGUCCAAGUGGCACCGAGUGGUUCCCAACGAGGCCGUUCCUCAGCUGUCCGGUCCCUCCACUGGGGCCCUAAAAGGUUCUUCUAAUUUAUUGAUGCGAUGGCCGGCAGUCGAUGAAUCUUCUUGCGUUCAUUUUGAGAAUAAACCGCAAUGUGUCCAAAUACAGCUUUGAACGAGGUGAUGGAAACGCCUGCAGACCUCCAAUAUAUUUUGGAAUGACCGGUACUGUGCAGGUUUUAAUAUAUGUUUAGGCCUACUAUAUGUAAUAAAACGUGAUUGAAUUUGCAGAUUUGGUAAGAAGGAAACAUAAAGCCUGCUAAUGCUAUGCGUUUCUUCAUUGAUAUUUUGAUCGACUGUACAAAUAAUUAUUUUCUACCUAAAAUAACAGAAUCAGAUCAUUUUUGGGCAACGGAUUCCAUUUGAUGAAUAGAAUAACGGAGCUAUUAUAAUAAAAUGUAACCCUUUGUUGUUGUUAUGUUCAUCUCCCCGACAGAACUUUACGGACCUCCAAACAAAUGGAUUUUUUCGCUGGUUUAUUAAAGGUUCACAUUAAACAAAAGAAAAGAUAUGCACAUUUAAUCCCUCCCUUGAUUUCUGAUUUCCUCCACAUCACUUGAAACAAGUGCUGCUUUAAAAAAAUCCUCAUCAAAAAAAACAACGAGUAAA